UAAGAUACCACAGAGAGAGAAGAGUGUAAACAGAAGGAUAUGGCCGACGAGAGGGGUGGAGGCGACAACGAUAUUAACGAGAACAUGGGAAACCAGCUACAACUCUUACCAGAAAAUGAAGAGGAAGACGAGGAUGAGAUGGAGACUGAGGACCGUGACAGUGAGGAUACAGAAAAACCAAACAUAAACUUUGACCCCAGUCUUCCAACGUCACAUGCUUACCUGGGCUCAGACAUGGAGGAGUUCCAUGGGCGCACUGUGCACGACGAUGACAGCUGUCAGACCAUACCAGUGCUGCCGUUUACAGCCGUCAUGCUGAUUCCAGGACAGACUCUACCACUGCAGCUCUUUAGACCGCAGGAGGUCAGCAUGAUGCGCAGCAUCAUCCAGAGAGACCGAACCUUCGCCGUGCUGGCGCACAGUGACUCAGAUGAGACGCAGGCAGAAUUUGGGACGACAGCUGAGAUAUAUGCUUACAGAGAAGAGCAGGAAUAUGGCAUUGAGACAGUGAAAGUGAAGGCAGUAGGAAGGCAGCGCUUCAAGGUCCAAGAGAUCAGAACCCAGGCAGAUGGGAUCAGACAGGCCAAGGUGCAGAUCCUCCCUGAGCGGAUCUUACCUGACCCCCUGACUGCAGUGCAGCUCACGCCUCUGUCCCGUCUCCACAUGCAUCCCUCCUCUAGGCCCCCUGCCCAGAGCUGUCUGCAGGCCCAGCGCUGGUGGGCCAGAUACCGCCAGAGAAAGUUCCACUGUGCUAAUAUGACAUCAUGGCCCACUUGGGUGUAUGCUCUCUAUGACUCUGAGACUCUAAUGAACCGAGUGAAGAGACAGCUCCAUGAGUGGGAUGAAAACCUCAAGGAUGAUUCCCUCCCAACCAAUGCUAUAGAUUUCUCCUACAGGGUGGCAGCCUGUUUGCCCAUAGAUGAUGCCCUCCGUCUCCAGCUGCUGAAGAUUGGCAGUGCCAUCCAGAGGUUGCGAUGUGAGCUGGACAUAAUGGACCGGUGCACUUCCCUGUGUUGCAAGCAGUGCCAAGACAUGGAGAUCACCACCAAGAAUGAGAUCUUCAGUUUGUCCCUAUAUGGUCCCAUGGCAGCCUAUGUCAACCCCCAUGGUUAUGUCCAUGAGACCCUGACCGUCUACAAAGCCAGCAACCUCAACCUGGUCGGCAGGCCGUCUACGCUCCACAGCUGGUUUCCAGGGUACGCCUGGACAAUAGCCCAGUGUCGGACCUGUGGCUCCCAUAUGGGCUGGAAAUUCACGGCCACCAAGAAGGACUUGUCCCCCCCUCGUUUCUGGGGCCUGACCCGCUCUGCCAUGCUGCCACGCAUCCCGCAGACAGAGGGCGACGAGGGGGAGGAAGGCUCCCGCCUGCUCUGCCUGUAACGACACGCUGACCCCCACCCCCCACAAUGGGUGUUCAGACACCACAUGCUGUUCACUGGUCAAUGGUCUCCUCAGUCAUCACAUCCCCCACAACCCCCGACAGCCGUGGCAAGAGGUCCAUCAUAUUACUAGGUUGUCCUGCCUUUAAAUGGCAUGUUCUACCCCAGAAAGGGAGGGAGGAGGGAUGAGAGAGAGUACAUGAGAGGGAGAGGUGUUUUUGUUUCUUAGUGCUGGGACUCUGGGGCUGGGAUGCGUUGCACAUGGACAGAUAGAUAUAGGAAUGGAGCAAGAGAUUGUAUUUCUGCAACAUUGGCAUAUUUUCCCCAUAGCAUGCUACUCUUGAAAUGUCUGUACUGCCGUCUGUUUAGCCAGCUCCUAUGCUAUCUGUCACAGACACAGCACGCACUAGCGCAUUGCCAUACUAUCCACCUGCUCUGCUCUUAAACAUAGUAGGUGUUACUUUGCAUGCAGUAUCCAGCUAGGUGUGUAUAGAACUACAGACAUUAACCAAGAGGAACGUUGGUCUCCAUAUCUGUCUUUAAACAAAACAAACAAUCGAAAGCCACUAGAGAUUCAGGUCCACUGAUAGUCUUCAAAUUGUUUUUCCGAGAAGCUCAAUUCAGCUGUUAAGUGAUGAUAUGUUAGACCAUGUAACAUCCAUGAUUACAGUGUUUGUGUACAUGAAAGUAUGCUGCUUUCACAAGGAUGUAUCAUGCCUUUGUAACUUAUGUUUGAGUAAGUCAGUGAAGUGUAAAAAAGUUCCAUAUGCAAGAACAACAGAAUGAGAAAAAUACAGAAGAUUUUACCUUAUUUUGCCAUGUAUUUUACCCUAUGUGCAAAUAUAUUUGUUUGGAUUUCUUAUUUUCAAAUGACUGUAUAAAAAUAUGUAAUACACUUGUAGAGAUGCUGGUUUCUAUUUUGUAAUGGUUUCAGGUUAAUUAAACUGCAAGACUUUG